AUGAGCACACAUCAGGGCUCUCGCAGCUCUUUCUAUCAGCCCAAGACGCGCACGGCCUUGGUGUGGGCGUGUGUGUGGGUGUGGGCGUGGAUGGGCGUCGGGGUGUGGGGCGGCUGUCCCAAAGUGUGCGAGUGCAAGUGGCGCGACGGCAAGGAGGUGGUCGCCUGCCGCAACGCCCACUUCAUCGACAUCCCGCGCGGGCUGGACCCCUCGACGCAGGUCCUCGACCUACGCCACAACAACCUGCGGAUCCUCCCGCGAGACUCCUUCGUCUACACGGGCCUCGUCAACCUGCAGAAGGUCUGGCUCAGCUUCUGCAACCUGAAGCGGCUGGAGAAGGGCGCCUUCCGGAUGCUCGCCAACGUGGUCGAGCUCGACCUCAGCAACAACCUUCUCCAGAGCGUUCCCACCGCCGCCCUCACGGACAUGGGCGGCCUGCGCCACCUCAUCCUCUCCUACAACAAGCUCACCACCAUCCCCAAGCUGGCGUUUGCUCCCACCGCCGAGCUGGUCAACCUGGACCUCAGCCACAACAACCUGACGCGACUCGAGGGCGGCGCCCUGCAGAACCUGGUGUCGCUCGAGGUUCUCGACUUAUCUAGCAACAAGCUGGUCACUCUGGAUGCGCAGGACGUGAUGCCACUGACCAUGCUGCGCGUGCUGCACCUGGACGGCAACCCCUGGCACUGUGACUGCCUCCUGCGGCCGCUCAGGAACUGGAUGCUGGACCGCAACUUGGCCCCGACGGUUCCCCCGACGUGCACGGAGCCGAUGUGGCUCGAGGGCGGCGACUGGCUCAUCUUGGACGACGAGGACUUCGUGUGCGCGCCGCAGGUCACUGCCCUGGCGCCGAGGGUCCUCGCGGCUGAGGGCGAGAACGUGUCCCUGGCGUGUCGCGUCGAGUCGGAGGUCGAGACGACCAUCACGUGGGUCAUAGGGGAGAGCCAGCUGUACAACGCCAGCGAGUCCCAGCGCUACUCCCUGUUUGAGUUCCUGACGCCCUUUUAUACAUCGAGGAUUUCGAACCUGACCAUCAUGGACGUGACCCCCCUGGACCAGGGUCAGUACCGGUGCGUGGCGGAGAACAGGGCGGGUCGCAGGGAGGUCAAUCUGACGCUGCAGGUGUCCCACGAGGUGGCCGAGGUGAGAGUCGCCAACAUAGAUAAUAAUUACAUGAAGGGCGGCCUUUUAGGAGGGAUUUGCAUUCUAGUGGUCGUCUUGCUCAUCGUGUGUAGUCUUAUAUACUGUAAGGUGCGAAGCGGACGGCAGCCAGAGGAGGACGCCGACAAGACGGUGGCGGCCCACUCGUCCCGGGCGGCGACGGCGGACGAGCACAAACUCGCUGGCUACCACAUCGUCCCGACGAACGAGCUCGAGGUGUCUCCGCGUCGACCGCAACAAAGACAAUCCUGGCGGCACAGAGACAUAUCUAUGGAGGACUUCUCCAGCAGAGUCCUGGAGAAAGGCGAAAGUCCUGUCCUGCAGCAGGAACCUAUCCAGGGGCCAAGCGUUCCUACCACUGCCCCCAGCAACGUGUCCUAUGUCGACAUAGCCAAGACCGACGCCGGAGGAGCGCAGAUGAACCCCGACGAAAGGACGAGGUGGAGGGACCUCUCCGACCACCAAAAGGACGUCAUCCUGCACAGGAUGUGUCACCGCGCAGCAUCGCAGGCGUCCGUGGGAAGUAGCAACGGCCAGUAUCCCGACCUACUGGAUCUGCCGCAGCCGCAGGUCGGACAGCUGCCUCUCCAGGACAUGCACCAAUACGGGGGCAGUCUGCCUCUUCACAGUCUCAACCCGUCCUUCUGCACCAUGCCCAGAACGCGGGCACGGGCGUACCAGGAGACGGGCACUAGUAGGGAGGGAGGAGCCACACAAGGCAGUGCCUCUCAACCCCACGCCCACAACCCUCACGAUCGCCAACAAGCUGCUGGCUACAGAUCCUCCAGCGCCCUCAACCUGGCCCUGAGUGAAGCUGCCUCGCAAGCCUACGCCCACGGCCAGAUGCCCGUCAGAGGCCACCCCUUCCUGCCCCCCGUGCCCAUGCUGGAGGCCUACGACCCCCAGGCCAUGCACGAGCUCAUCGCUACGCACAGGAGUCAGUGCGGCGCGGGGUGUGGCCAGAUGGAGGGUUCAGACCCCUACCGCUUCGAGUACCACGCCGCGCAGCUGGAGAAGUUCUUACAAGAAUAUCGUUGUCUUCAAGAACAGCUUUUCCAUAUGAAGCAGUCUUACCAGGCACAGCAGCGUUCAGGUUCUGCUCCUAGAGAGAACAUAAUACCAACAAUUAACCGGGCUGUAAGAAAGAAAAAUGCCGGCCCUCUCCGAGCACCUUGCCCUCGUUUCCACAUUUCCCUCGAGCCUAAUAGACUUGGUUCAACUAUGUCGCCUUAUCAACCCGACUCACUUGGGUGCUAUCACUGCGCUUAUAUUUCGCGGCAGCAUCCUUUGUGCUCAUCUCGGGAGACGGGAAAGAUGCUGCUGGGACUUGACUGUCAGAGGGACCCUACCCUCACUCACCAUCCCCGUGCCCCCUGUGGACCAUCAUAG